GUCACACUGAAUAUAGCAGUUUACAGCAAACAAACAAAAGAUAUGUAUGGAAUUACUACAAAAUUUUAAAGCAAUAAUGGAAAUAUGUCGAGCUUGUCUGGUAAAGGAUAGAGCCUUGGUUAACAUAUUUGAUGGUUCCCAAACAUUGAAUAUUUCAAUAGCGGAUAUGAUAUCUGAAAGUACGGGGUUUUCAGUUCAGAAAGGAGAUUCACUUCCUGAAGUGAUUUGCAAUCCUUGCCUUCAGGAUGUGCAAAAUGCCUUUGAGAUUAAGCAAACCUACGAGAGAAGCUACCAACUCUACUGCAAAGGGAAAGAAGAAUAUCUGGAGCAGGACUACAAAGCAAACCUUUUCCAUGGCCAAAUGAAGGAGGAAGACAUUGAUGAGGAGUUCCUAGACGAAGACGAAGAAUUGUGCAAGUCUGCACAAUUUAAAAAAUUGAACUUUGGCGAAAAAGUCAAUUGUUUGCUUAACCAAUUGAGGGAAGCAGACACUCAGGUACAUCUCCAGGAGAAAAAAUUGGUCAAAACUUCCGAUCGUAGAAGUCAGAGGUCUAAUUAUGUCGAGAAAACCAUUAAUUUGGAUAACCAAGUUAAGAAGCAAACAAUUGAGAAUGAUUUUCUCGACAAAGUAUUGUAUCAUGUUAAGGAAGAAGCCAAUGAGAUGGAGUUCCUGGACGAAGAAUCGAGCAUAACUUCAGACUGUGAAAGCCAGCAAUGGACUUGGUAUCAGAAAUACCACCAGUUUGAUGUCCAAGAUCUCAAAGAACUGCAUAUGAAAAGCGGAAAAGAUAAAGCAGGUCUAGAGGAAAAUAAGACAUUUAUCAACGACAAUAUUAAAGUAAGAAAUGAGCCCAUUUAUAAUGAAUUAUCGAACGAAGAUUUUGCAUUUGAUGAAUGCACGGGUCUGGUUAAUAUCAAGGAGUCUAAAAAAUCUAAAAGAUUAGCCCACAAUCACCCUCUUAAAUGUUCCCACUGCCCGAAAACCUAUACCUAUUUAUCAAAACUUAGGAUACACCUUCAAACUCACACGAAGGAACGGCCCCAUCACUGUUCUUAUUGUCCAAAAACAUUUGCAUCUUUAUAUAAUCUUAACCAACACCUUAGAAUUCACAACGGCAGUCUUUUCAAGUGUCCGCAAUGUCUUAAGUGCUAUCCCCAUAAGUCCACUCUAAAGAACCACAUCCUCACUCAUAAUACUAAGGGAACGCGAAAGUACAAGUGCUCCCAUUGCUCAAAACAUUUUUCAUUCUUAAACCUGCUUGAAUUACACAGUUUAUUGCAUACCGACACCCGCAAGCAUAGAAAAAAAUGUCCUCAUUGCCCAGAGGUCUUUAGUCAAAAUUCAGUUCUUACAAAGCAUUUCCUUACUCAUAGGCAAGAAAGUCCACACCAAUGUUCUUUUUGCCCGUUGUACUUCAAAAAUGUUAAAUAUCUUAACGACCACAUAAGAACUCAUAUCGGUAAACGGCCUUUUCAGCUGGUUCUGUCGAAAGACCGUCAAAGUUAAACUGUGUUUGUUUUUCGAAUAUUAAUAUUUAUGUAAAAUAAAAAAAUUAGUGAAAUACUUCAUAUCAACUGUGAA